AUGAUAACUGAUUUGGGUAUUGUUUUCGAUCGGGAAUUAAAUUUUCAUGCUCACCUAGACAAAAUGUGUUGCAAAGCAUUUACGACAUUAGGUUUUAUUAGGCGAAUUUGUAAUGAUUUUAGUUUAGUAUCUUCUUUAAAAACUUUGUAUUGUUCUUUUGUGAGGUCAAUUUUAGAAUAUGGUUUGAUUGUUUGGGAUCCAGUUACUGCAUGUGAUAUGAUGCAAGUUAAACGAGUGCAACGUAAAUUUUUAAACUUUGCGGCAUAUAAAUUAAAAAUUGAUCAUCCACCACAUGACUAUACACCAAAAAUGCAACUAUUCAGUUUGUUUACGUUAAAUGACAGGAGACUUGAAGCUAAUCUAACUUUCCUCAGGCGUUUUAUUGAUGGUCAUAUAGACUCUCCUGAACUAUUAGAGCUCAUCAAAUUUGAAGUUCUAUCUUUUCACGCACGUCUUUUAAUUCUUUUUUCUGUACCUAAAUGUAAUACCAACUACCUAAAAAACCAGCCAUUUUAUAGAAUGAUGAGUAUUGCUAAUAAGAACCCAUCAGCUUUAUUAUAUUAUUAA